GUUGACUAUCAUUCGUCAAGUUCGUCAAGAGUUUGUUUUUGUUUAUCGUAACCUAAAAAAAAAUAGCAAAAUAUUUCUUUUCCUGCGAGAAAAAGUGGAAAAAUUACCUUUUGUUGCUAUUGGAGGCAACAUAUUAAUCCUAUAUUGCAUCAUACUAGUAAAAUUAAUCAAAUUAAUUCAAAUUAGUCCUUAUAAGUACUCAAAAAUAGCUGGUAGUUGCACCGGUUGUUGUUUGAGGUUAUGAUGUGUUAUUUUUAUUUUGGAAAAAAAUGAAGAAAAUAUCAUUGUGGCUUUUUGGUGCGAUUGGAAUUUAUUUCCUAGCAUCCCUUUGGCUCUUUAAUCGAGUGUACAGCACAACUAAACUUGUGGUUGAUGAGGAAUUUCACCUCAGGCAGGGACUUCACUAUUGCCAUGGGAAUUUCUCAGUGUGGGAUCCAAAGAUUACAACCUUUCCUGGGCUGUACAUCCUCUCUACUCUAAUCCUGAUGCCCCUACACCUCUGUGAGACCUACUUCUUGCGUAUGGUGUCUCUCCUAGUAUCUAUAUUGAACAUUUACUGGAUGUAUGAGAUUCGGAAGUCAAUCUUGCCAGCAAAAGAAUUGAAGAAAUCUCCAUCGUGGGGAUUGGCACUCGAUGCUCUGAGUGUCUCUCUUCUGCCACCAAUGUACUUUUUUGCUUUCCUGUACUACACGGAUAUUGCAUCAAUAAGUGCCACGCUGGCGAUGUUCAACUACUCCCUCAAGAAUAGCCACAAGUUAGCUGCUACCGCCGGUUCAGUAGCAGUUCUCAUGAGACAGACAAACAUCGUAUGGGUUGGCUUUAUUUUAGGUUUAAAUGUUCUAGACAAAUUAGUGGCCAAAGCACCCAGAAAGAAAUCAAAAAAGGAUCAAAAGUUUGCAUAUUCUAUCCAUGAUAUUUUCAAUGCCGUAAGAUAUUACUUGAAGAAACUCUCUUCAGGCAACAUCAAAUGGUUCUUAGUGAUUAUAGAACAAUUCCUUCCGUACCUGGUGGUGUUGGUGGCAUUCCUCGUGUUUCUGUACAUCAAUGGAUCUAUUGUGAUUGGAGAUAAGAGUGCUCAUGAAGCUACCAUUCAUCUAGCUCAGAUUGGAUACUUUUCAGCUUUUGUUGCAUUCUUCAGUAGCGGAUUUGUUCUGACGCAAUUCAAGGAGAUUGGCCAGAUUCUCCUAAAGAGACGCUACAUUCUCCUACUCUUGGGGAUUUUCUUCCUUCUAGCUGUGGAGUUCAACAGUGUGGUUCAUCCGUACUUACUGGCGGACAAUCGUCACUACACCUUCUACCUCUGGAACAGAAUUCUUGCUAAGCCCCUGAUGAAGUACUUUGCCAUUCCGGUGUUUAUGUUCGGUGCUGGGUGGGUGUUAGAGUUGCUAGAGGGUCAGAGUGCGGGCUUUAAACUUGGUUACUUGGUAUGCACGGCUGUUUCAGUGGCGCUUCAGAGUAUGAUUGAAGUUCGCUACUUUCUAAUACCCUACCUUAUCCUUCGUCUUACCCACACAAAAUCAUUCAAACUAAGCGGUCUAGCUGUUGAAUUUGCAUUUAAUAUUGCCGUCAAUGCGGCAACAUUCUACAUUUUCUUCACGAAAACUUUCUUCUGGAGCAACUACACUGAGCCACAGAGGAUUAUGUGGUAAUGUGCAAAAUGUCCCGAAAUAAAUUCCCCGUGACUCUCUGACUCUCUUUGUACAUUAGAAAAUUAUGUUUCUCUCACCCACGCGCCACCCUAUCUUUUUUUUUUGUGUGUGUAUUUGAGUGUAUACGCGUGUAAUGUAAUAAAAAAGAGGGCGAUAUCAA